AUGGAGUGUUCUGGCUUGCAUGCGCCAGUUUUGGGGAUGCAUAUACAUUGUCUCCAGGCUGGAAAGGGCACCGGCGAUGUUCAGGGCUGUGGAUGCAUAAACGGAGCCAGCACGCGCUGGACGAUAAAGGUUCACAUUGACACUCUCGGAAGAUUUCAAAACACAAAAGCAAACGUCUACAUGAGGAUUAGCCAACGUACCGACGACGAUGUAUAUGGUCAACAGCGGAGGGAUGUCUACAGAACACACCAAUCCCUGCGACGUAUGGGACAGUGA